CUUCACUUCCUGUCCUCCACCUUGGAAAACAGGACUUGAUAGCCAUGAAGGUCUUCAUCCUUGCCUGCCUGGUGGCUCUUGCUCUUGCAAGAGAGAAGGAAGAACUCACUGUAUCCACUGAGACUGUGGAAAGCCUUUCCAGCAGUGAGGAAUCUAUCACACACAUCAACAAGCAGAAACUUGAGAAUAUUAAGCGUGAGGAACAGCAGCAAAUAGAGGAUGAACGCCAGAAUAAAAUCCACCCCUUUGCCCAGCAACAGCCUCUAGUCUUUCCUAAUGCCGAUCCCAUCCCCUUUGCUAUCCUUCCACAGAAUGUCCUGCCUCUUGCUCAGCCCGCUGUGGUGCUGCCUCUCCCUCAGGCUGAACUAGUGCAAGUCCCCCAAAUGAAGGAGAACAUCGCUCCAACACGCAAAAUGAUGCCCUUUCUGAAAUCUCCAGUAGCACCCCUUUUGAACAGCCAAAUCCAGAAUCUUGCUGAUCCUGAAAAUCUGCACUUUGCUCAGCUCCAGCCUCAGCCUCUGCCUCUGCCCCUGCCCCUGCCCAUGCCUCUGCCUCUGCUCCAGCCCCUGAUGCAGCAGAUCCCCCAGCCUCUUCCUCAGACUCCCAUGCUUGCUCCUCAGCCACUGCUGUCCAUCCCACAGUCCAAAGUUCAGGUUCUUCCCCAGCAAGUGCUGCCCGUCCCUCAGAGAAACAUGCCCCUACAAGCCUUUCUGCUGUACCAGGAGCCUUCUCGUGAAGCCCAUCCUGUGACUCAACCAUUUGCCCCAGUUUACAACUCUGCUCUCGUUUAAGAGAAUUUCAACAUUAAUGUCCCCUCCUCACUUUUGAAUUGACUGCGACUGGAAAUGUGGCAUCUUUUC